AACGGGGGCGGCUUUUUCCUGGGUGGGGUUUGUGAAGUCGCGGCCCGUUAGCAGGAAGCGGAGCAGUAGCCCAGACGCUGGAGAGGAAUCCAAUCCGAGCCCCCCCUCGGUCCCCGGAGUUCGAGCCUUGCGUCCUGUGUUCUCAGAUCUGCCCGACAGUUUCCAUCCAAACUUCGCCAACUCGCUUCCUUUGCCGCCACCAUGCCGAAGACGAUCAGUGUGCGUGUGACCACCAUGGAUGCAGAGCUGGAGUUUGCUAUCCAGCCCAACACCACUGGCAAGCAGCUGUUUGAUCAGGUGGUGAAAACUAUUGGCCUGAGGGAAGUUUGGUUCUUUGGUCUGCAGUACCAGGACACCAAGGGUUUCUCCACUUGGCUGAAACUCAAUAAGAAGGUGACUGCACAGGAUGUGCGAAAGGAAAGCCCCUUGCUUUUUAAGUUCCGGGCCAAGUUCUACCCUGAAGAUGUAUCUGAAGAAUUAAUCCAGGAUAUCACCCAGCGCCUGUUCUUUCUGCAAGUGAAGGAAGGUAUUCUCAAUGAUGACAUUUACUGCCCACCUGAAACUGCUGUGCUCCUGGCCUCUUAUGCUGUCCAGUCCAAGUAUGGUGACUUCAACAAGGAGGUGCAUAAGUCUGGCUACCUGGCUGGAGACAAGUUGCUGCCCCAGAGAGUCCUGGAGCAACACAAACUCAACAAGGAUCAGUGGGAGGAACGGAUUCAAGUCUGGCAUGAAGAACACCGGGGCAUGCUCAGAGAGGAUGCUGUCCUGGAAUAUCUAAAGAUUGCUCAAGACCUGGAGAUGUAUGGUGUGAACUACUUCAGCAUCAAGAACAAGAAAGGCUCAGAGCUGUGGCUAGGGGUAGAUGCCCUAGGUCUUAACAUCUAUGAGCAGAAUGACAGACUGACUCCCAAGAUUGGCUUCCCCUGGAGUGAAAUCAGGAACAUCUCUUUCAAUGACAAGAAAUUUGUCAUCAAGCCUAUUGACAAAAAAUCUCCGGACUUUGUCUUUUAUGCUCCUCGGCUGAGGAUUAACAAGCGGAUUUUAGCCCUGUGCAUGGGGAACCAUGAGCUAUAUAUGCGCCGCCGCAAGCCUGACACCAUUGAAGUGCAGCAGAUGAAGGCACAGGCCCGGGAGGAGAAGCACCAGAAGCAGAUGGAGCGUGCCCUGCUGGAAAAUGAGAAGAAGAAGCGUGAGAUGGCAGAAAAGGAGAAGGAGAAGAUUGAACGGGAGAAAGAAGAACUGAUGGAGAAGCUGAAGCAGAUUGAGGAACAGACUAAGAAGGCUCAACAAGAACUGGAAGAACAGACACGCAGAGCCCUGGAACUUGAGCAGGAACGGAAGCGUGCCCAGAGUGAGGCUGAAAAGCUGGCCAAGGAGCGUCAAGAAGCGGAAGAGGCUAAGGAGGCUUUGCUGCAGGCCUCCCGGGACCAGAAGAAGACCCAAGAACAACUGGCUUCAGAAAUGGCUGAGCUGACAGCUCGGAUCUCUCAGCUAGAGAUGGCCCGACAGAAGAAGGAGAGUGAGGCUGUUGAGUGGCAGCAGAAGGCACAGAUGGUACAGGAAGACUUGGAGAAGACCCGUGCUGAGUUGAAGACUGCCAUGAAUACACCUCAUGUGGCAGAGCCUGCAGAAAAUGAGCAGGAUGAACAAGAUGAGAAUGGGGCAGAGGCCAGUGCUGACCUGCGGGCUGAUGCUAUGGCCAAGGACCGCAGUGAGGAGGAGCGUACCACUGAGGCAGAGAAGAAUGAGCGAGUGCAGAAGCACCUGAAGGCCCUCACUUCAGAGCUGGCCAAUGCCCGUGAUGAGUCCAAGAAGACCGCCAAUGACAUGAUCCAUGCUGAGAACAUGCGACUGGGCCGAGAUAAAUACAAGACCCUGCGUCAGAUCCGGCAGGGCAACACCAAGCAGCGCAUUGAUGAGUUUGAGUCCAUGUAAUCAUGUAAUGGACACCCAGCCUCUAGGGACCCCUCCUUUAUUCUUCCUUAUACUCCCCAUACCUUUGUCUAACUCACACUGUGCUGGAGCCACUAACUAGAGCAGCUCUGGAGUCAUGCCAAGCAUUCAGUGCAGCCAUGGGACCAAACCUAGCCAAUCAGCCCUGCUCAAUCUUGGGCAGACAAAUGGCCCACUGUGGUGCCAAUGGGAGCCCUUUCCCCCUCUCUAACUCAUUUAAUCUAGCUUGCUAGAAUAGACCACUUCCCCAGCUCUGAGGCACUUUCCAUUUGACUAGGCAGAAACCUCCAUAUGUAACUGUUACCCACGAGAGGUAAGUGUAGAGUAGGUUGAAAAUGAUCCCUACUCCCCUAUACCACCAUUACUUUCCUCUUCCACAUCAUGUGAUUUUUUUCAGGGUUGGAUUACAGGGUUUAAAAAGAAGAGGUAGGGCCCUGACAGGGUCAGCUGACCUAGAAUUUGGCCUCCUAGACCCCAUCCCUUUUAGAGGCUUUCUACUUCUUGGGGAGUAAAAGAUACUCAGUCAUUGUUGUUUCUACCUCCCAGAUUUGAGCUGUUACAAACUCAGUUCUAGUACACCUUGAGUUCAGGAACUCAGUUUCUCCCUUGAGUAGGAUAGGAAGACAGUGCCUUCAAGAGGCUUCACAUUCUACAAGGCCAUUGGUCCUUUUGUUCAGGUAAGAAUGGGUAAAAGACCCUGCCCCAAUGCCUUAUGGGAGCCUAAGCUUCAAUCAAGUCAACUCUUUGGGCAGUGGUACCCCCUAGUACUCCAGGACCCUAGUUCUUCUCUGGAUCUUUCCAUUCCCCCUCCGAUCCCUCAGUCCCCUCCAGCUACAACAGUAGGGCUGAGUACCCAAAAGAGCAGCCAGCCCCAUGUACAGCUCUUGCCAAAAUAAAUGUUCAUACCUUUUGUCAGUAUUUUCCCUACCAGUCUAGGACACAUCCCCCAUCAGAACUACUUGGGCCGCAGUUCCUGCUUCACGGCCAUCUUGACCUUAGUAUGGUGAGCGCUAGAUCGUGAUGCCAGUAGGCUCAAUGAAGGGGUGGACAGAAGAAGGUAUAUAUGGUAAAGAAGCCCAUGCCUCUGAUCCUGCAGUUUGCUUAACCCUUUCGGGUGCCCAGUAGUUCCUCCCUGUCACCCCUGUCCAAGGUGGUGCCUGGGCUGUGCCUUUCACAAACCUUUAACCUAGGUCUUGUCACUAACUGUGUGAUCCCAUGGCCUACAUAGCAUAGAGCUGCUGGGGAUUCUGGCCUGGUCCCUUAUGCACCCCCAUGCUUUGCCCUUAACCCAGGAGUAGCCUCUUCCUCCUCCUCUCCACCUCAUGUAUGCUCUUUUUUUCUACCAGUAUUAAAUAUUCUAGUGAUAGCUAACUCAAUAUUGAUUUCUACCUUUCUUGCUAAUACACAGUUCAGUUAGAAGAUAUUAGUCUUGGGGCAAGAUUAUUCUGGCCUCAUGUCUUUUACUACCCCCAUACCUGGGAAGCAUAUACUAUAUUAUAAAAGGAUAUUUUGCCAGAAAUUUAAUGUAAGAAGCUUUCAGUAUUACUGUUGUUGCCCGUCACUAUAGGUCAUACAGUCCAUUUGUAAAGUAAUUGGCAUUUGGUUUUAUGGUUUCUAUUUGCCUUCUCCCCAAGAUUCAUUCCUCAAGGGGAUGCCCUGUGCCUCUCUGGACCCGCCUCCCCGACUUGGGGAGUGUUGCGUGCAUUGCUGUGAAUUAUUUUGACACUCGUUUAUGCCCUGUAUUGGCUAAAUUAAAACCCGGAAUUGUGGGGCAAUUUAAGCUGCUUUAAGUAAGGCAGUAAGCCUCUUCCAGGGAGGCUGGGGAGAAAAGUUAGAUUUUAUAUUCAUGUCUUUUGGUAUAUUCUUGGGUUUUUAAAAAAUUGUUUUUGGAGAGGUUUAUGCUCAACCUAUGUUCUAUUUCGGUGCCAAUAAAAUUUAGAAAGACUUCA